AUGUCAUCUCAAGACAGCAAAUUGGAUAGUGACUCAAUUGCCCACCCUCUGGCCCCAUUUACAUACGAAAAUGAGGUAUAUCAAGCUGGUCUCAAAGGCCAAAAGCCAUCGAUAACUUUCAACUGCCUCGAAUGGGAAACCCUAGCCAAAGACCAACUCUCGGCAGAUUCAUACGGAUAUGUUUGGGGAUCCGCCGGAACUCGCGAAACAGACGACAACAACAAGAAAGCCUUCAAAAAAUGGGGAAUCGUGCCAUCGCGCCUGGUCAAGAGCGACUUCCCAAACCUGAAAACGACGCUUUUCGGAGAGACAUUCGAGUAUCCGAUCGCAAUGGCACCAGUGGGCGUGCAGCGGAUUUUCCAUCCGGAUGGGGAGAAGGCGGCAGCGAAAGCUGCUGAAAAGGAACAUGUCACCUACAUCCUCAGCACCGCAUCUGCGACGAGCAUUGAGGAUGUCGCCGAGGCCAAUGGAAAUGGGUCUCGUUGGUAUCAGCUCUACUGGCCUCUAAAUGAGAACAAUGACAUCACUGUGAGCCUGUUGUCGAGGGCGAAGGCAGCGGGUUACAAGGUUUUGGUGGUUACCUUGGAUACGUACAUUCUUGGAUGGCGUCCCAGCGAUCUCAACAAUGCAUACAAUCCUUUCAUCCGUGCAGAUGAUAUCGGUGUAGCAUUGGGAUUUUCUGAUCCUGUGUACCGUCGCAAGUUCCAAGAAAAGCAUGGGAAACCCAUUGAGGAGGAUGUCCAAACUGCGGCUACAGAGUGGGCGCAUACCGUGUUCCCCGGUGUCAGUCACGGCUGGGAAGAUCUCAAGUUUCUCAAGGAACAUUGGGACGGACCAAUUGUUUUGAAAGGAAUCCAGACUGUUGCAGAUGCGAAGAGAGCUGUGGAAUAUGGCGUCCAGGGAAUUGUGGUCUCCAACCAUGGCGGACGACAGCAGGAUGGGGGUAUUGCAUCUUUGGAUGUUUUGCCGGAGAUUGUGGAUGCCGUGGGAGCUAAUCUGGAGAUUAUCUUUGACUCGGGUGUUCGCUGUGGUGCUGAUAUCGUCAAGGCAUUAGCUCUUGGUGCAAAAAUGGUCCUGAUUGGCCGUCCGUACAUCUAUGGGUUGGCCCUUCAAGGUGAGCACGGAGUGAGCCAUGUGCUGAGGAGUCUCUUGGGAGAUUUUAAUCUGAAUCUUCACCUGUCGGGAAUCAGCUCAGUGUCUCCUAAGCAUCUUAACCGAUCGGUGUUGCGUCGGACAGAUAACUGA